AGAAUAGGACCGGUUGGAAUGCCAGGGUCACCUGGGAGACCGGGACCAGAGGGCACAGCUGGGAAGGAUGGGGAGACGGGCUCUCCAGGACCACCUGGCGAGGAUGGCCCAAAAGGUUAUGCGGGAGAGAAGGGCAGUAAAGGGGAGCUGGGUGAGUGGGGGGAUCUUGGUGAACAGGGGCCUCAGGGAACCAAAGGAAGAAAAGGAGAGAAGGGAAAAAAGGGACAGAAGGGCCUAGCAGGGGUAGUAGGAUAUAUUGGGCCACCUGGACCUAGAGGACCACGGGGAAUCAUGGGGCCGCCUGGACCACCCGUAUGUGCUAAACUAUCAUUUCCGUUGUCCAUAUAA